AGCAGAUGUGGGUUCAGACCACUAUCUAGUACAAGGGACUUUCAAGGUGAAGCUGAAAGCCUCGAGGAUAGCUGGGGAUAGGCCACAAUGCAAGUUCAACACGCAAAAACUGAAGGACACAAUCACACAGGACAUUUUCACUGCAACUGUCAGAGCAAAGCAGGAAACACUACGUGGCACCACUGAGGAAUCAUCCGUGGAAGACCAUUGGAACUCUCUGAAGGUAAUUUUCAACGAAACGUGCUCAGCGGUUUUAGGAAGAAAGAAGAAACAAGACAAGGAAUGGCUCUCAACAGACACUUGGAAACUAAUAGAGGAGAGGAGAAAGGUGAAAGAAAAAAUGAUUCAAUGCAAAGAUGGACAAGAGAAAGAGACGCUGAACUCAACUUACACAGCACUGGACAAAGAAGUGAAGAAGAAUGCCAGGAAGGACAAAAGACAAUUCUACGACAACCUGGCUACUGAAGCUGAGAAGGCAGCAGGCAAAAGGGACCUGAGGACACUAUAUCAGAUAACCAAGUCUCUAUCCGGGAAGAGAUCAACACAAGUGAAACCUAUAAAAGACAGCCAAGGGAACCCAAUUACCAAAGAAGAAAGACAGAUUAAACAAUGGG